AUGGGCUUAUUAGACAAGACCACCAAAACUGAGCGAACACAGUCGAGUAACAGUCUCCCAGACUAUGCUCAAACUCAGGAACAGCAGCCGGGACUUUCCCCAUUGAAUUUGACCCAGAAUGCUGGACCUGCGCUCUAUACGACCGUCACUCACUAUGAGUGCAUCGCUCACCUUAAAUUUCUCGCAGCGCUGUCCGACCUGCGUGAUACAGUAACAAGUAUCCCAAACCUCUUUGAUAUACUUGACCCCAAUCCACAGGAGUUUGGUACUCAUAUUAACGAAGCCUGGGCUCUUGUCAAGGAAAAGCGAUGGGCUGUUUAUACGGCCAAGGCUGUUGCGCGUUAUACGUCUUGGUGGAAUGCAUGUGUCCCAGCCUCUCGCCCACGGCCUACUGUUCAGCAACUUUCCUCUCCUACAUUCGGAGUAAUCACGGUUUGCGAAAGUUCCUUAACUUGGGCCCGGGAUCAACUGCCUCCGUUAGACGUCUUGAUGGUUUGGCAUGCACAUAUGCUCAAUCCUAGAUCUUUUCUGGAAGACUGCAUUCGACACGGAAAGAUCAGUUUCUGGUCUGCCGGAUUUCCAUGGGAAGCCAUCAAUGCCUCCAUCGACGACAGAACCAUGGUGUACGACGCUGGGGGUGAUGCGGCCGGCAUCUUUACCAGCAAAACCAACCUCGAAUGGGAUAACCUCAAGGACAUGCCUUCGAAGAUGCUAGACUGUCCCAGCUGCAGUCAUCCAAAUUCUGCACCUUGGACUAAAGGGAGGCUAACUCUUCCGUUUGAGAGAACAUAUGAUACCUGGACUGGAUUUACGGACAAGAAUUUUCACAUAUACUGCGGAUACUGCAAGCUCAGAAUCACCCACGAUACGCUGCGGGUGCGAAAGUUUAGAAACGAUAUCACGGAUCUUGUCGAGGGAGAUCUUCCCAUGCCAGGCACUUUACUCAACUUGUGGGGUGUCCCCGAACCUCAGAGCGCGACCCGACGAAAACUGCAGCAAGCAAAUUUCCCCAAUCGGCUUCUGCAAACGACUAGAAGGGAUAUUCGCGAGUACUUGCGAUCAACUCUAUGGAUGUGCCCUAGCGUAACCAUGCUGCGCGACUACCUGGGGACAUUAUUACAAGACAGGGAAGUCAUGCGUCAAGCCAACCCUGGCAGCCUCGGAACUACCCUCUACAAAGACGAGAAGAUCGCUUUCCGCCGCAUGAUGUCCCGAUACUGGAGCAACAGUUCCCAGUUUGCCCUUGACCUUGUCGGCGCCGUCGUUCGUCAAGGGACGUUUGUUCAGAAAAUGGACAACAUCGACUGGCUCCACUCCCCAGCUCUGACCGAAACAAUGCAGCGCCUGAUUCGCAAAUACGCCGUCUUCUUCCAGAUCAUGGCCGCCAACCCAGGCCGCAUGGCUGUACCGACCCUUGACGUAGACCUGGCCUGGCACACCCACCAGCUCACACCCGGCCGCUACUUCGAAUACUCCGUUCACCGCACCAAACAAGAUGGCUACCGCGCCAUCUUCAUCGACCAUGACGACAAGGUCAACGAAAUCAAACUCUCCGAGGGCUUCGAAUGGACUAGCAAAAUGUACCGUAAGCUCACGGACGGUGGCAUCUAUAGCGAAUGCACCUGCUGGUACUGCGAAGCUACCCGCGGUGCAGAUCUCAACAGCCGCGGCCGUAUCCUUCUUCCAAUCUCCUCAGGCGCAAGGGCACGCUCUGCGGCCGCAAAUCUCCACGACAACCCUAAUAUCUCCUCAGACCCAGACAAAAAUCCACACAUUUCCGCACACAGCGCCGUCAAGACGAAGAAUGCCAUGGCAGAUGUAGCAGGAAUAGAUCCCAACCGUGUGAAAUUCCUCAAGCUUCGCUCCGAAUACGAGCGGAUUUGCCGGCGCGCAGAAAAGCGGAACUCCCGCUAUGGAAAGUCCAACACCACACCCUCUCCUGACCAUGACCCUAAUGAUAAGGAUAAAGGGAAUCGCCGCUCAAAAGACGGCGCAGAUGCAUAUGCCGCAUACCCGCUCGUGUGGGGGUACCCGGUGUACGUGCCAUAUUAUGCGCCCUACAGUGGGGAUCCCGGUGUGCAUUGUGAUGCGUACGCUGCGGAUCCGAGCUGCAUGAAUCUUCAGUCUGGGCAUCCCGGGAACUGUGCUUCAGGGACGUGUGGGGGUGCGGUAGCGGCCGGGGCUUGUGGUGGGAAGGGAGGGGGUUGUAGCGGAGGUUGCGCAGGAGGUGGGGACGGUGGAGGAGCUGGUGGUUGCAGUGGCGGAGGUGGAGGAGGGUGUGGUGGUGGAGGAGGAGGUUGUGGAGGAGGGGGAGGUGGUGGGGGCGGCGGAUGCGGUGGUGGAGGAGGAGGUUGCUGA